AUGGAGAUCAGUGGCCUUCCGGAGGAGCUAUGGCAGCUCAUUUUAUCCUACUUACAUCUCCCUGACUUGGGCCGCUGCUGCCUCGUGUGCAGGGCGUGGUAUGAACUUAUCCUCAGCUUGGACAAAACACGCUGGCGACAGCUGUGCCUGAGCUGCAUUGACUACAGACAUCCAAACUGGCCCAACCAGCCCAAUGUGGAUCCACAGUCCUGGAGAGAAACAUUCAAACAGCAUUACCUUGCCUCUAAAACUUGGACCAAAAACACACAGGACUUGGAGUCCUCCAACUGCUUCUACCUGUUCCGAAGGAGGAAGGAUCGACGUCUGCUCUGUGUUGGACCAGGAUGCGAGUUUGACAGCCUCAGAGCUGCCCUGGCCUCUGCCAGCCCCUAUGACCGCAUCGUGCUGCUGCCUGGAGUGUAUGAGGAGCACAGUGAAGUGGUGCUAAAAGUGCCUGUGGAGAUUGUGGGGCAGGGAAAGCUGGGGGAUGUGGCGCUGUUGGGGAGCUUUGACCAGCACUGCUCUACUACCCGUCUUUGCAAUGUGGUCUUCAUGCCAGCCCGGUUCACUCCUGUGCUCUACAAGACAACUUCAGGGUAUGUCCAGUUUGACAACUGUAACUUUGAAAAUGGGCAGCUGCAGAUCUAUGCACCAGGGACGUGCCAGGUGAAAUUCUGCACCUUCAGCCAAUCCAGCAUUCAUUUCCACAGUGUGGCUCUGUGCAUCUUGGAGAACUGUGAGUUCAUUGGGAGUGAAAAUGCCUCAGUAACUGUGGAGGGCUGCCCAACUUCUGACUGGAACUGGGCCUGCAAACACCUGACCAGGCUGGCCAAGUCUUACUCAGUUUCCAUGCAGAUGUCAGACCCAGCUUUUUGCAGCAUGACUAAGCAGGAAUGCUGGAGGAACUCACCGGUGGGCACAGUCAAAACACACGAGAUUGUUGUAGGGGAGGAACAAAAUAACCCCCUUUCUGCUUCAAGGGCUCAAGCCAUGUUUGACUCAGCCGGCAAGGAUGCUGAAUUCAGAGAGAAUCUCUGGGCAGCAAAGGAAGAGGAAUACCCAACCCUUGACUCAAACUCUAGUGACAGUGACUUACACGGUGAAGAUGAAGAGGCUGUACAUAAACUACCAUACCAAGCCCACAGUCUGAGACGCAUGCUCACCAAUGUUAUGCGCAGCAGACUGCAAAGCAACAGGCUGCAUGCCCUACAGAGAGACCUUCAGCUCAAGUCUCUGCAGCAGGAGCUGCAGCAGGACAAGGAGGCUGAAUCUUUGGCCAACUCUCUGCAAGGCUGCAUUGUCCGGCGAUGCCUCUUCAGAGAUGGGAAAGGAGGAAUCUUCAUUUGCUCACGAGGGCAAGCAAAACUGGAAGGAAGUAUCUUCAGGGACCUGACCUAUGCUGUGAGGUGCAUACAAAACAGUAAGGUUAUCAUGCUGAAGAAUGACAUCCACCAUUGUAAAGCAUCAGGGAUAUUUCUGCGUCUGUCGGCAGGAGGCCUUAUUGCAAAUAACAACAUCCAUUCAAACUGUGAGGCAGGAGUGGACAUCCGGAAGGGAGCCAAUCCGCUUGUUCUGUGUAAUAAGAUACACAGCGGCCUUCGCUCAGGCAUUGUUGUCGUUGGCAACGGGAAAGGCAUCAUCCGUAGCAAUCAGAUCUAUGGGAAUAAAGAAGCUGGCAUUUAUAUUCUGUAUAAUGGAAACCCUGCUGUGAGUGGGAACUAUAUUUUCCAGGGACUGGCUGCUGGAAUAGCAGUGAAUGAGAAUGGAAGAGGUCACAUCACAGGGAACAUCAUCUGUGAGAACCAGUGGGGUGGAGCAGACAUUCGUUGUGGGGGUGACCCUGUCCUCAAGAACAACAUGAUAACUUGUGGCUACUCAGAUGGUGUGGUGGUGGGCGAGUGCGGGAAAGGUCUCAUUGAAGGAAACACCAUCUAUGGGAACAAAGGCUGUGGCGUGUGGAUGAUGUCCUCCAGCCUCCCUCAUGUCACCAACAACCAGAUCAGCCACAACAACAUCUAUGGAGUUGCAGUGUUCUGCCACAAAGAUGAAGAAAGUGACUACCCUGCCAACCAAGUAAGCAAUGAGAACUUUCAUGAGGAGAGAGAGGGCGCGAGCUGGGAGAAUGACCUGGACAGUGAGGAUGAAUACCUGGCCUCCCGACAUCCUGUCAGUGUGGCACUGGUGGAGUUGAACAGUAUCAGUCACAAUGGAGCUGCUGGGUUGUAUGUCAAGAGCAGUGAAGCACUCAAUAUCAUUGCCAAUGUAAUUCAUGCCAACUGUAAUGAUGGAGUUGCAGUCCUACAGAGCACGCAGCUCACAUGCAUUGCAAACAACAGCAUUUCCUGCAACAGCCUGGGAGGUGUGCUGGUAGAGGCAGAGUGCCAGGUGGAGUUACGUGGCAACGGCAUCUAUGAUAACAGCAGCCAUGGCAUUGUCUCCAAGGGAGAUGGCAUCAUUGUUGAGAACGACAUCAUAGGCAACCACAGGUGCGGUCUCCAGCUGCUCCAGGCAGCGGAUAUGAAGGUGACCAAGAACAGGAUCCAGUCCUUUCAGGAUUACGGGAUUGCUCUCUUUGACCAAGCCAAAGGCCUCGUGCAGGAAAACCUCAUUUUCCAAGGAAGGUCCAAGAAAUCCAUUUUGCAACCAAUAUCGAAUACAGAGGACUGUAUCGUCCAAAACAACAUCCUUCUCACCUUGAAGAAAAGAUUUGAUGUGGAGUGUAUGCUGAUGAACCCCCCAGCACGACCUCAUAUCAAAGGAACCACCCAUGUGUCCUCCAUGGCAAGCAGCAAUCAGAAGAUUUCCACAGUAACCAGGGUGGACAGAGGUUGCCACAACCAAGGGAGUAUCUUCUGUGCUAUUCUUUGA